AUGGCGAUUCUCAAAAACUUCACUCUCCCCACCUCCGCAAAGGAGCUUCUGGCUGGACCGGGCUCAAAAUUCUUCAUCGCCUUCAUCUCCGGAUCAGAUCCCAUCACCAACCAAGCUUGGUGUCCCGAUGUGAGAGCCGCCAUGCCUUCCAUCACCACGGCAUUUGCGGGAGAUGAUACCCCGGCACUCGCGAUCGUCGAGGUUGGACAAAAACCCGAGUGGAAUAACCCUCAGAAUGUCUUCCGCACUACUUGGGCCACCAAGAACAUCCCUGCGCUUGUGCGCUACCAGGAUGUCAACGGAGAAGUGACUGAGACAGGCAGACUCGUGGAGGGUGAGAUUCUCAACAAGCAGAAGCUUCAGGACUUCAUGGCAUAA